AUGUGCUGGACAGGUUCCAAUGCCAUGCCAGUGCAUCUUCAGCUGUGCCUGCGGACCAUUCGGAGAAACGCCGACGUGCCAGUGAUUCUGGUGACGCCGAAGAACGUGCUGCGCCUUCGAGGGCUUUUCGAUCUGCUGGAUACCUGUGACGCGGUCGGAUACGACGGCUCUGCGUGGAACGAGCACAUCGGUGUGUCCGCAAUGGGACCAUUCAAGCCGCAGUCCGACCUUACAACGCUCUGGUUCAACGCCCUUCAUGGAAAGCUGGCGCAGCGGUGGGCCGAUGUGCAGGCACGCCAAACCGACGUCUUCUACUGGCAGGAGAUACUCCGUGACAUCGUUCUCCCGGCCUCGUUGAUCCACAGGGAGCGGAUCAGCAGGGCGAUGCAGAUUCACAAUCCCGAGCAGGACGCGCUGUGGAGCGAGCGGCCGUGCGCGGAACUGCUCGGGGCCGAGCUCGACAGGUGCCACCUCCUCGUCCUCAACAACGCCAAGUAUGGCCAGGAGCUUGGCGAGCUCUCCGAGGCCCUGGAGUUCCGGGGGGCGCUAUGGUCCACCGGCAUGGUGCAGGUCGACCUGCGGCCCAUCACCGAGGCAGUCGAGAAGCUGGCCGGCAUGGUCCGCGUGGAGGCCAGGGCGCGGCGCUCGCUCGAGGCUGCGGUGGAGACUCUGCUCAUCCGUGCGGGCGAGGGCCGAGAGGACUCGCAGCUGCAGGACGCGGGGGUCUCGCCACGGCAAGGCGGCGGUAGCCUCCAGGCCAGCGUCCUGAGACUCGAGCAGGAGGCGUACCGGAGCCGCCAGCUGGAGCAGAAGGCAAUCGCGGACAACGAGAUGCUGCAGCUCACGGUGCAGUCUCUCAGCCGCGACGUGGCCAAGGCCCAGGUCGACGCCCAGGAGUCGGGCAAGGCCGCGGCUGCGGCCGCCAUCGGCGAGGACGUGGACCGCAUCCAGAGCGCCCUGACGACCGUGAGCAACUCCACGCAGGAGCGAAUCCGCCUCCUCGAGGAGAAGCUCGGGCUCGAGGGCGCCGACGGCGAACCCCGCAACGGCGAGGGCGCGCUGGAGGCCGGAGCCGCGUCUCCCGCGCAGAGGUUCUCGGGCAAGAGCCCGCGCGGUUACAUCCAGGAUGGGGCGUGA